AUGUCCGAUUUGUUUAACAAGGAACAAAGUUCCACAGAAUUCGAAAAAACCAAGGCCAAAAAUGAGUUUGGCAAGGCUGGUACCCCCAGUCUUCAUUCUCUGGUGCUGAACCUGGUCCCAAGUGAAGGAGAAGAAAAAUCUCAAUCUCAUGCUCAAAUGCAAAGAAAGCUUGAACUGAGACAUGUCCAAUUGAUUGCCAUUGGUGGUUCCAUCGGUACAGGACUUUUCGUUACCAUUGGUACCUCUUUAAUUAGAGGUGGACCAUUGGGAUUAGUUUUGGCCUAUACUUUUUGGACUUGUAUCAUUUUGAUGCUUACCACUGCUGUCGGGGAAAUGGUCUCCUUCUUACCCGUGGCAUCUCCAUUUAUCACCAUGGCCGGUAGAGUUGUUGAUGAGGCGUUUGAAUGUUGUGCCGGUUGGAACUUCUUCAUUAUGGAAGCCUUGUAUAUCCCCUUUGAAAUCACCGCGGUUAAUGGUAUGAUCCAUUUUUGGAGAGAUGAUUAUUCUCCAGCUAUUACCUUGUGUGUCCAAAUCGCCAUGUAUGCUGUCAUCAAUGUCUUUGCCGUUAGACUUUACGGAGAACUGGAGUUCUGGCUUUCCAUCUCUAAACUUAUUUUAUGUAUUGGGUUGUUGAUCUUCACUGUUGUUGUCAUGUGUGGAGGGAACCCUCAACAUGAUGCCUUUGGUUUCCGUAAUUGGCACGCUGCUGGGUGAAUAUGUUACUACUGGAUCCUUAGGGAAAUUCCAAGGGUUUUUGGCUGCCUUAUUGAAAAGUUGUUUCACCAUUGUUGGCCCUGAAUAUAUGUCUAUGGUUUCCGCAGAAGCAAAGAACCCAAGAAAGACCAUGCCAACUGCUUUCAAGACAGUCUUGUAUAGAUUGGCCUUGUUUUACAUUGGUGGUGCCUUGUCAGUUUCAAUCUUGAUUGCUUAUAAUGAUCCAAAAUUCGUUGCUCUUUCCGCUGAUUCUUCCAAUGCCGCUUCAUCUCCAUAUGUCGUUGCCAUGCAAAACUUGAACAUUAAGGUUUUACCACACAUUGUUAACGCAGUUGUAUUGACCUCAGCUUUAUCUGCUGGUAAUUCUUACACCUAUUGUUCAUCUAGAGCUCUUUUCGGAUUAGCUGAAAGAGGCUUUGCCCCACGGUUCUUGACCUAUUGUACCAAGAAUGGUGUUCCUCUCUAUUGUGUUGGUGUUGCCAUUGCCUUCUCCAUGUUAUCCUUGAUGCAAUUGGGUAGUUCUGGUGCCACUGUGCUUAACUACAUGGUCAGUUUAUGUACUGGUUCUCAACUUCUUAACUACGGGUUUAUGACUAUCACCUACAUGCACUUCUACCGUGCCUGUAAGGUCCAAGGUUUAGAUAGAACCACAUUCCCUUACAGAUCUUGGUUCCAACCAUACUCAAUCUACAUUGCUGCAUUUUUCAUUUGGAUCAUGAUUGGUAUCUUGGGUUACACCGUGUUCUUACCUGGCUGGUGGGCUAUUGAUGACUUCUUGUUCUCCUAUGUUAUGAUCUUUGUUAACAUUGCCAUUUACAUCUUUUGGAAACUUUUAAAACGUACAAAGUUUGUUAAGCCUGAAGAUGCUGAUUUAUUCACCGGUAUUGAAGAAAUUGAAGAACACGAAUACGAAUUCUACGCCAAAUUGGAAAGUGAAUCUAAGAAGCCAGAGGGUUGGUUCAAAAAUGCCCUUCAUUGGAUCUUUUAG